AUGGGCAACAUCGCCAGCAGGCCCGACGAGGCCGCUCCCCUCUUCUUGCGCGACCAGAGUCGGUUAUCGAUAUCGUCCCUGGUCAUCUCGAACCCACGCCGCUCCUCCUCCAUCCACAUUGUUCCCAAUGCAUAUCCUGCUACCAGAGUAUCAGCAUCUCGCACAGGCGGCGACAGCAGUCCCAUAGAGUUCAUACAGGAUCCGGAGCCGCCAAACAACCCCCUCUCGGCGCCCGGGCUUAUUCUGAAACUGACCAACGACGACGAGAUUCUCUUCACCUUUACCUUUAUCAUCCGACAGGCGCAGCCUGCUUCGCCCGCUCUGCAGGCUUCCUCUACCGCCAACCCCGAUGCCAACGGCUCUGCGAUCGACACCCUGAUCACCGGCCUGACCCAUGUAUAUGCCUCCACUCCACGCGAAGUCGAGAACUUGGUGACGCGCGAAUUCCAUGCAGACCCCAACCUACACAAGAACCCCAACGUCGAACUCGUUGGCGACUUUUCGACAGGCGGGAGCCCUUCGGUUUCCUUCGAGUGGACGUGGAAGUGGAAGCCGCCAAAGGGUACCGAGGAUAGAGGUGGUGGAUGGCGAAACUCUUGCAGCUUUGUCGAGUACGACCAGAGAGCACAUCGGCUGCACACGCUAGCGAGCUUUUCCUUCUGGGUGACAAGUAUGUGCUCUGUCAUGGGAGGCACACCUUCGGGCUUCGAUACGAACCCGUACCUUAGCCAACCCAACUCGCCGCAACCACCCUUCCUCCUUAGCGCCGCUCCCAAGAUUCGAGUCGCCUCCAGCCAGUCGGUCGAGUCCCGCAUCAGCGGUGCCGAUGCCAUACCAGAGGAGCCCCCGUCACCACGAGCCCUCGCUCCUCAAGAUCCCCCCAACAAUGGCAGUCUCGCGCCCCAAGCACCGCUCCCAGCCGCCACCGAGGCAGUCAAGGUCGAUGUUACGUGCCCUCGCCCUGGCGAGGAUGUUGUGGUCGCCGACGAUGGUCCCGUGUUUCGCGCGACGAUCAAGGCGCUCGAGCAAAAGACGGGCAGCAUGAGGACCCAGAUGAAGAAGGUCAUCAAGAAGGCUGAGGCGGCACACACUGCCCAACUCGAGGCCAACGAUGCCAUGGCCGCCUUUAUGGAUGCCCUUAAGGAGGUUUCGUCCACAAAUGCCAACGCGGUACAGCCAGUCAUCGACCACUACUUUGACAAGAUCGCCCGCGAGAUCUUGGCCUACGAGAGGCAGAACGCACAGAACCUGCAAAAGGUCAUCGUCGAGCCCAUGAACAAGCUCUACACGCUCGAUAUCAAGCAGGCCGAGGCCAAGAAGCGCGACUUCGAGGAGGAGAGCAAGGACUACUAUGCCUACGUCGGCAGGUAUCUAGGCCAGAGACAGGACUCGGUCAAAACUAAGAAGCUUGCCGACAGCGACACCAAAUACGCUUCCAAGCGAAGAAAUUUCGAGCUCAAACGCUUCGACUACUCUUCCUUUAUGCAGGAUCUCUCCGGUGGACGCAAAGAGCAGGAGGUGCUGUCGCAUCUCACAAGAUACGCCGACGCCCAGGCCAAGUCGUUCUUGUCUACCUCUCGCAAGGUCGAGGGCUUACUGCCACAACUCGAGGCCCUUUCCAGCGAGGUGCAGGUCGCCGACAAGGAGUAUCAGUACCAGCGGCGCGAGAGAGAGGAGAAGCGACGACUGCUCGAGAAGAGCAACAACUCUGCGGAGCCCGAGCCUCCAUUCACCGCGGUCGGUCAGGGCAUCCCCAUACCGGCUGCCAACGGCGCCCCUGCCAACUCUGACCCCGAUCUGAACCGUGCCGACAGCACGGGCUCUCAGCUGCGCGCGGUUUCGACGGGCAAUUCGCUGGGCACGGUAGCUGCAGACGGCUUGUCGAGAUCGCCCGGAAGCCUGGGACAUAGUUCUGUUGGCAGUCCUCCUCAGCCGUCCAAGUUCAAGGGUAUUCGCGACCUGGAAGAGAAGGACCCGAGCAUAGCGUCAAACCCAGAGAAGCACGGCGCCCAGCGAAAGGAGGGUCUAUUGUGGGCGCUCAACCGACCGGGCGGCCAUGUCGACCCCCGUGCGGCCCUGAACAAGCAGGGUUGGCAUAAGUUCUGGAUCGUGCUUGACCAGGGCAAGUUGUCCGAAUAUAGUAAUUGGAAGCAGAAGCUCGAUUUGCACAUGGACCCGAUCGAUCUUCGGCUAGCGUCAGUCAGGGAGGCCAGGAAUGCCGAGCGUCGGUUCUGCUUCGAGGUCAUCACUCCUCACUUCAAGCGUGUGUACCAGGCAACGUCAGAAGAAGACAUGAACAACUGGAUCACGGCCAUCAACAACGCCUUGCAGAGCGCCGUAGAGGGCCGAGGCAUGCGGGACUUGCCUGCCCCUGCGCCCGCAGAGUCUUCGUCCUCGCUUAGGCGAGACAUCGGUUCCAUCCUCACGGGCAAGAGUCCGUCCAUUGGAAGUGGUCACGCGCACGCACCAAGCACGUCGUCCGGCAUUCCCUCGCGGCGGAUCACUGUGGGCGCGAGGCCAGGCUCACACCGCGCCGCGAGCAGUACCUUUGAGGAGAACCCGGAUAAGCUCCUCCAGCAGCUUCGCGAGAAUGACCAGGGCAACUGCUGGUGCGCCGACUGCGGCUCUGGUACCAAGGUAGAAUGGGUCUCGAUCAACCUUGCCAUCAUCCUCUGCAUCGAGUGCAGCGGCAUUCACCGGUCGCUCGGCACACACAUCAGCAAGGUCCGGUCUCUGACUCUCGACAUUACGUCCUUCACUCCGGACAUCAUCGAGCUGCUCAUGCAGGUCGGCAACCGCGUCUCCAACAUGAUCUGGGAGGCUCGGCUGGACCCCGCCGCCAAGCCUACGGCACAGGCCACCCGCGAGCAGAGACUGCGAUUCAUCACUGCCAAAUACGUGGACCGCGCCUUUGUCGAGCCGAUCUCGGCCACGCUUUCUCGCUACGGUACCCCGGACGAGACCCUUGUAGCGGCGAUCAAGAAGAACGAGAUCCAGCAGAUCAUCUACGCUCUGGCUCUCCGAGCAAGCCCGAACGCCACGGAUAAGUCUAGGGGCACGCACUGCGUCUUUCUGGCUCUCGCCGCGGCCGACCCGGCCCAACCGUCACCCACCUCUACACCUUCUCGAACACCUGAUGCCGAGAAGCCAGUCGCGUUUCCGGCUGCCGAGCUGCUCGUGCAGAAUGGCGCCGAGAUACCAGCUUCGCUCCCUGCCUUCCCUCUGAGCCGCAGCGCGCAGGCGUAUAUUGAGAUGAAGCGUGGUCGCAACGUCCUGAUGGCCAGCGCCUCCAAUGCCGGCAGCGGCACCGGCUCUUCGUCGUACGGCCCAGGCGCCAGCCACUACGGCCAAGACGGUAGUGCCGUGGGGUCUCUGCCCUCGAACUACUCGUCCGACGCCAAUAGGUUGGCGCGGGAGAGGGAGGCGAGGCUGCAGAAGCGGGUCAGCGCCGGCGGCAGGCUGGCCAAGAGCCCCAUCCCAGAGAGGUAG